AUGACCGAAGUCCGUCACGAAUAUACAGUCGGUGGGGAGAAAAAGGCUUGCAAAGUAUGUGCUAAACUUUUUCCACAAUGCAUGCAUUGGGUUUCUCUGUGAAUAAUUGAAGGAAUUAAUAGUCGUGAUAUCGAAUCCCUAGGCAAAAGAGCCCAAUUUAUCACUGAUUUCCCUCCUCAUCAAGUUUUCAGCUAUAUGAAAGAUUUAGACCAAGAUAUAGGAAUCGUUGACAUCCAGAACACAAAAUUUAACUCGUUUUUGCUUACAACUAAAGGCCAGAUCUAUUCAUGGGGGAUUAAUAACGUUUACGCUUGUAAUCCUUGCGAUUCAAGGUUACCGUUUUGUCCUCCUGGACCUAUUAGAGACUUAUCACAAGUCACUAUUGUUUCUAUUUCAUGUGGAGAAGAGCACGUACUCGCAUUAGAAUCUGGCAUGUAUCUCUGGUCAUGAGGAAUAAACUCACGUGGGCAGCUUGGAAGAAAUGCUGAAGAAGAAGCAGGGCCAGCACCUAUACAAAAUAUAAACCAAAUUGUAAGAAUUGCAGCUGGGCCUUAUACAUCUUAUGCUGUACAGUUGAAUGGAAAUGUGUAUGCGUGGGGAGAUAAUAGAAAAAAUGAAUUAAGUGAACUUUUUGAUAGGGCAGAUGAAAAUGAAAUUGUAAGCAAGCCUACGGAACUAUUGAAAAUGCCAUGAAAGAGAAAUAACUCUACUGUGCAAAGGUCGUAUUUUAAGACUGAAAACAUCAGAGAGCUUGAUAUAGCAGGAGUGAGCAGAGCUGAAAUAAAAAGGCGACAAGCUGAAAACGACGAUUUAAAAAGAAGAAUUGAGUCUCUCAGGAAAAAAGUUGACACUUUAGAAGAUGAAAUGUCAGGAGUUGGCAGCAAGCGUAUUUCUUCUAAAUGAGAUACUGAUAUUCAUCUCAAAGAAAUCAGAAUGCUAACUCCCCCUUCCAUGAGCGAGUAAUAAAAUUUGUUGACUCACAAGAGGAGGGUUAAUUUUUUAUAUAUAAAAUUUUUAAUUGUAAAUAAAAAAUUGUUUUAUGCUAGUUUUUAAAUUAAAAAUUGUUAAAUUCAAUCUUUUCACUUGAAUAAAUAUAUAAGACAAACCUAAUAAAUAAUCAUUAUUUUUUAAUAUUAUUCUCUUUAUUUAUAUUAAAUAUAUAUAAAAACAAUAUAUGAGAUUUAUAUAUAAACAACGCUCAUGAAGGGUGGAGUUUAGUCAAUAAUCGUUUUUCCCAAUAGUUUUGAUCACUCACGGUGAGAAAGUAAGAGAUCGUGCUUCCAAAGCCAACAAAAAAGUCUGAACAAGUAUCGAGAAGCUAAAAACAAUAAUCACAAACUCUGAAAAAGAGAUAAAAUCCUUACAAAAACAAAUAGAAAAUCUUGAUAAGGAAAUCAUUGAAACUUGAAAUCUCACUAAGGAGCACGAAACACUUAUUAAUAACAAAAAAGCUGACCUAGAAGGAGCUCUAGAAACGAAUCAAAAGGAUAUGGCAAAUAAAUAUGAAACAGAAUUGGUCAAUUUGAGAGUCAAGAGAAAAGAAUACCAUGCUAAUGCUACACAUAAAGAAAUAGAAAAAUCGAGGUGUGGAGAGACUAUAAAAAAGUUGGAAAUAGAAAUAGAGGCUUCAAAAGAAAAAAUAGUAAGAAAAGAAGGAAAAAUUGAUAAAAAUUUAGAAAUUUAUAAUCAAAUGGAAGCAGUGAGAAAAAAAGCAAUAGCUGAAGAAACAUUCUCACUCAAUGAGUCAACAUUCCAAAAAGAAAUUGAACAAUUAGUUGUCUAUGAAGAAGCCUUAAAAAAAUCUGACCCGGACUACAUUUCCAAAAAAAUAGGAAAAUAUGCCACCCCUCUCGAAAUUCUCAAAGUCUCUGAUUAUAUUUUAAAUGUCUUUGAUAAAGAAAUUAACGAGCUCUUCAAAGCAAAAUUUGGCUCAGCUGAACUUGUAAAUCGAGCAUUAAUGGUAAUUGCCGAUAAUGUCCGUCUUAGAAAACAAGUCAAUAACUUUUCAAAAUUAAUUUCUGGACCCAUAAAUGAGAAAAUCGAAAAACAAAAAAUGGCAGAAUUAAAGAAACGAGUCCCUCCUGUGAUGUGGAAGCAUGUAAAAGAUAAAGAAAAGUUCAUAAAAGAUAUUUUUAGAGAAGCAGAUUUUAGUGCCAAAAAGUAUGGAUUUGACGACCCAUUCACUAAGAGGCUGUAUCGAUAUCAAGAAAAGCAAAAAGAAGCUAAGCCUAUCGAAAAACGAGAAAAAAGGUGGAGACUUUGUUAA